UAAAAAGAGAACCUGCCGAGUCUUUGGAAACCUGUCCACUGGCCUUCUCUAGACGGUUCCUUCUAGACCUGGGAACCUGUGCCCAAGGACCCCAGGCUGAUGAUGGGUGCCCAGCUCUGCUCCGAGGCCAACGCCAAGUCCCCGGGAGAGGCGCUUCGCUUCCACAGGGAGGCCAAGGGGGCGCAGGUGCAUCUGGACACCCGCGGCUGCACCGCGCACAGGCGCGCCACGUUCCACGACGGCAUCGUGUUCAGCCAGCGGCCGGUGCUGCCGGGCGAGCGCGUGGCCCUGCGCGUGCUGCAACAGGAGGGCGGCUGGUGCGGUGGCCUCCGCGUGGGCUUCACGCGCCUGGACCCCGCGCGCGUGUCCGCGCCCAGCCUGCCGCCCUUCGUGUGCCCGGACCUGGAGGAGCAGAGCCCGACGUGGGCGGCCGUGCUGCCCGAGGGCUGCGCGCUCGAGGGGGAUGUGGUCCGCUUCUGGGUGAACCACUGCGGCUGGCUCUUCGCACAGGUCAACGCCGGCCGCCGGCUCCUGCUGCGCAAGGGCGUGCUCAUGGGCGCCCCGCUCUGGGCGGUGAUGGACGUGUACGGGACCACCAAGGCCAUCCAGCUUCUGGAUCCCACAGCCAGCCGGGUCCCCACAACCGUGCUGCCGGUCCUCAGCAAUGAGGCUGUGCCUGAGCCUGAAGCCACAUCAGGAGAGGAGUGUGCCGUCUGCUUCCACCAUGUUGCCAACACCUGCCUUGUCCCCUGUGGCCACACGCACUUCUGCAGCUCCUGUGCCUGGCGGGUCUUCAGGGACACAGCCAAGUGCCCCAUGUGUCGCUGGCAGAUUGAAGCGGUAGCCCCGGUGUGA